AUGGCUAGUAAACGAAAAUUUACAUUAGCACUAUCCAGCGAAUUAGCUGCGGCGGUAGCAGCUGAAAAUAAUUCAUUAAAUGAUAAGGCAGCAAGUUCAACUCCGAAAGUGGUAGAAGAUCCAAACCCGGAUUCAAGCCCGGUUCCAGCAAAUAAUCCGACUUCUGCACAAAACCAACAGAAAUUGUCAGCAAAUUCUUUACCAAACGAUGAUGACGAUGAAGAUUUAAGUUCGUCUGUUUCUGUUGUGACAUUACUUAAUAAUAACAAUAAUAGUGGACAAGAUUGUCUUCGUGUACAAGAAUUAUUUCGAAAGUCACCUGUGGAAGGAAUACGAUGGGAAAUUGAUGACAUCGAUAUCGGACUGGCAAUAAAUAUUCGAAAUGGGCUGAUGAAUAGGAUUGGGACUGAUGGGACGACUUUGACAUUAACCACAUUACAACAUAGUAAUGUGUUACCACAACAAUCACUUCCGGGAAUUUCUCAGGAGCAUACCAAAAAUCAAUUACAAGAAAAAUGCAAGGCUCUAUUUCUUCGAACAAGAAAUAAUUCAACUGACUUAUAUGAAGAGUUAAUUAUACGCAUGUGUAAUAUUUCUAAAACUGAUGAUAGAUUAGGUUCACUGGUUAAAGAUGCAACUGAUCAACCGAAGCUGAGGAAGGAUCAAUUAAUUGUUACCAAACUUGGCAUCUUCGUACGAAUGGUCACUAAAAAGGUCUUGAUAGCCAUGAUAAUGGGAGAGGAUACACAACAGGUUAUUAAAACAUGUGAUGAAAUCACAUUUGACUUAAAAAUCCCUACAAAACCUGGUGUAGUAAAGGAAUUAUCAGUACGCGAACUCUUGGGUUAA